AUGGCAGAGCAAUUGCAGUUGCAGGUUUUACAGGAGAUGCAGAGGCAGAUGCAGGAGAUGAGGGCAGAAAUAGCAGCCUUACGGGCAGAGCGAGAGAACGGGAUAGGGAGGCCCUCGGUACAGUCAGUGAACGUGCAGACGAUCCAUUCCGAUGAUGAGGAGGUGAGUAGACGACCAUCAGUGGAAGAAGUGGUGGGAGCUGAUGGUGGGGGAAAUAGGGGAAGGGGCCGAGGAAGAGGGAUUGGACGGGGAGAUGGGGCAAACGGAAGGGGGAUCGGCAGGGGAGAAGGGCUGAACGGGAGAGGAAGGGGAAGAGACGUUCGGGGAAGGGGGAGAGGAAGAGGGGAAGAAAAUGUAGAGCGUGAUCGGGAACCCGGAGGGGCGGAGGGAGCUUGUAGGGCAGAACCAACCGUUCGAAGAAGCCCGGGAGGACGAGGACCAGUUUGA